CAGGCAACGUGUGCAAAGGAGAAUCUCGCGGCAAGAAAUCCCGGCUCAUGAAGACUGUGCAAACCAUCAAGAGCCAUGGAAGCAGCCCCCAGAGCUGCCCUCUGAUGGCACCCCACAUCCCACCCUCCAGUUAUGGCACCUAUGUGACGCUCGCUCCCAAAGUGCUGGUGUUCCCCAUCUUCGUGCAGCCUCUGGACCUUUGCAGCCCAGCUCGGACGCUGGUUUUAUCCGAAGAGCUGCUUCUUCAUGAGACUCGAAACAAACCAACUGAGGUGACCCUCUUCAUUUAUUCAGACUUACUGCUCUUCACCCAGGAAGAGGAGCCUGGGCGAUGUAGCGUCUUUCGCAACCCGCUUUACCUGAAGGAUGUGCGGCUGCAAGAGGAUUCCUCCGAAGAUCUGAGGUUCUGCAUUCUUUACCUGGCAGAGGUGAGCGUUACCUGCAAAUUAGCUUCCCAGCUACGAUUACUCUGUCCAUCAGCCUCUUUCUGCAGCUGGCGGAAGAAAUAGGACUAGAAACCACUCAGCCCAGAGGGUCGCAGAGGUGGCAGACUGAAUUCUACCUCACAAAAUAUUGCAACCUCGAGGACUAGCAGUAAAAAAAAAGGACGAGAGUUUUGGGGAGAGUUUUUGUAGUUAGUAUCAGUGAUGCGAUAAGCUUCUUUCCUGCGAGACGUCAUCUUAGGGCUCUGAAUAUGAAUAAUGGGGUUCAGGUAAAGGAAGGGGGAAAGGGCAGUUACAUUCUUGGGUUUAGUCAAAACCACCACGUUUCAAGCCCUGAUUCAAGAACAUGCAACUCACAACUCGUCACUGCUUCCCCUCUACCAGGCCAGGUGAUCAGGGGGCAACUGCAGACCAGGGUUUUUUCCUGGCAGCCUUUCCGGAAUCUCCAGGACUGGAGGUGGACAAACUUUGUGGGCCCGCAAGGCUGCCGGGCUGCCAUGAGCUGAGAUUUAAAAGCCACCAUUUUAUUCCUUCACCCUC